UAACCACUUACUAGUUGCCCUCUUAAACCUUCCGCGGGGGAACUUGAUAGGAAUUGUUGUUUUUCUUCUAAAUUGAUUCAAAAGGGGGACAUGGUUAUUUCUCACACUCACUGCAAACCAACAGUGGGGGCGCUAUUUAAAAGCAGCUAGCUUGCUCUGGUGGUGGUGCGCGAUGCACUCUGUAACAUGUACGGUGUCUGUGUGAGCUACAAAUUCUAUGUAUUGACCAUUGACUAAAUAUAUCUACAUCACCAUCUACAUCUACGCUGGUACUCAGAGCAAAGUCCAAUUCUGGAUGUAAAAAGCUGAGGUGAAGACUAGAGGUGCACGAAAGAUGUGCAAACUUCAUCAUACAACAGGUUAGAGAUUCGAAAAUUCAUGGUCCUGAGUGAGUGAGAACCAAUGCCCAACGAGCCAGUACAAUGUUGCAUUAAAAGGACAAUGAAGAGAGCUACUGUUUUCAGAAAUGGAACUAAAGAAAAUGGAAAGAUCAUUAAGUGUGAGGAUACACUAGAACUUGUGAUGUCUACUGCAAGUGAUGUGCUGGAUAUAAAUGCUUCCAUAAUAUACACUGCAAUGGGAGGACAGUUAACAAAUGCCGAGUUGAUCAGAGAUGAUGAGAUUCUGUACAUUUCUCAAGGAGAACCAUUUAUUGAUCCUAAAGCUAGUUGUUACACUCAAGCUGCUGGGGCUUGUACUGGGCAGAGUACAUUAGCAACUCAUAAUGACUGGGUGACACUCAACGUUGGGGGUAGACACUUCUCAACUACACGGAGCACACUAAUCGGGCGUGAACCUGACAGCAUGCUAGCUAGAAUGUUUGCAGAUGACAAUUUGCAUGUCCCAUGGCAUAGUUCAGUGGACCAUUCUGGUGCUUACUUGAUAGACCGAAGUUCGUCCUACUUUGAACCUGUACUUAACUAUCUGCGACAUGGACAGCUUAUUCUCGAUGAUGGAUUGAAUCCGGCAGGUGUUUUGGAAGAAGCUAUAUUUUUUGGUAUUACUUCUUUGUAUAAACCACUAGAAGAAAUGAUUAAGUCAAAUGAAAAACCUGGUGACCACACUCCUAUUACAAGGCGAGAAUUUGUGUUAAUGCUGCAAGGAAGAGGAGCCAACUGUGAGCUGAGAUGUCAGGGAAUGAAUUUUGAGGGUGCUGAUCUCUCCAAGCUGGAUCUGAGAUACAUCAAUCUCAAACUUGCUAAUCUAAGUGAGGCUGAUCUUUCUGGUGCUAACAUGUCUUUCUGCUGUCUGGAGCGAACUAACAUGACAAGAGCAAAGAUGAAUGGUGCCAAUUUGCAAGGCGUCAGGAUGGUCCUUGCAAAUUGUGAAGGUGCUUCUUUAGUUGGAUGCAAUUUUGAAGAUCCUCUAGGGAGGAAAGCAAACAUGGAAGCCUAGUCGUCAGAUUCGCCCUGUAUAUUUCAACGCUUGACCGAAGCCAGGACAGCUGUCUGGAACUCCGAUGUUGUAACAUCUCUCCUGUAAAACCUUGUAAAGGUGGACUCUGAUGACCAAUCUGCAGCUUUCAGGAUCUGUGCUGUAGAUACCCCUGCUCGAGCAGCUGCCGAGGUGGCUGCUCCCCUAGUAGAAUGUGCCCGAUAAUGAGGCACAUCUAUACCAGAUGAAGCCAUAAUGGUUCUCAACCACCGUGCGAUAAUAGCGGACACCACAGCAUGAGUGGGUUUCACAAAUGACAAAAAAACAGACUGGUAAGUUUGUCCUUACCCUGUCAUCGGGCAGGCUUAGUCCUCUGAAGAUAUACUUCCAAGGCUUUCACCACACAGAGUUUACUGUCGGGGGAUAAUGUGAUAAAAUCACUUUCUUGGCAGUCUUGCCGAUUGUAGAGCACUUUGUUGGUUUCACCAGGGUAAAAACAAAAACUGUUUUUGUUUUUUGCAUAAACUGCAAGUCCAAAGCGAUUAAGGAUGAAGAGCGUCCCGCUGUAACAAGUGCAAUCAGCAUAGCUGUUUUCAAAGUCAGAAGCCUUAAGCUCAGCUCUCUAUUCCGAGGGAGUGAAAGGAUGUACUGUAGGACCUUCCCGGUAUCCCAUGUUGUAUAAUAUUUAGGCUGCGGUGGACGAAUGUUAAAAAUUCCUUUCAAAAAUCUUGAAACCAGGGAAUGUUGACCAACCGGAGCUCCUUCCACCGGAACAUGAGCUGAAGAAAUUGCUGAUCUAUACAUGUGAUCAUUCUAUAUUGUAGUCCUUGCUGGAAAAAACUGUGCAAGAACUCGAGGAUGUCAGCUAGAGGUGCUCGAAUAGGAUCGACUUGGUGUUGAACACACCAGCGACUCCAUCGGUUCCAUGCUGAAUUGAACUGUGCAUUAGUGCCAUGGCGCCAGAAUGAUAAGAUGACAGAGGACACUUGCUGCGAAAUACCUCUUGCUGAUAAGGAUUGCCUGAUAGCUUCCAUGCGGCUAACUGCAAGGUUUUCCACAUUGGAUGAUAUUGGUCGUGACACAACCUCAGAAACUCCAAUACGACUUGAGUUUUCCCUGUGAGUUCUAACAGACGUGGGUACCAGGAUUGCGUUUUCCACACAGGGUCUAUCAGAAGAACUGUGGCCUCAUAUGCAAGGACCUUUUGAAGACAUCUUGCGAGAAGUGCAAAUGGGGGAAACAAGUGAACUUCUAGGUUUCUACUUCGAUAGGACAGCGGUGCCGUAAAACUGCCUGAAUGCUCGAGGAUAGGCGGCCGAGUAGUCGUGCAAGAGCCCUCACCGCCAACUUUCUUGCUCGAAGAAAGCUUCUAGGCAAUGUUCUACAAUCUUGUUUGCUUUCUCCCCUGGCAGGGCCAAAGACAUUGUGGAUGAAUUGAAGAGGAAACCAAGGUAAGUAAACUGCUAUAAACUGUCUUGCCAACGGAAACGCAGGUAAUUGCGAUGUUCCAUAUGAAUGGGGACCAUGAGGUAGAAGUUCUUUAGAGCGAUUGAGCCCAAGAAGUCGUCUAGAUUUAACAAAUCCUUUACUAGAUUUAUUCCAUCCAUCUUGAAGUGUUGAUAAAGCACAGACUUGUUUAGCAGACGAAGAUUUAUGAUCGGCCGGAGCUCUCCUGAUUUCUUUGGAAUUAGAACAGAAAGGAAAUUAAUAGGCCCUCCACUGGAUCUUCCAGUGUGAUGGCUUUUUUCUUUAAUAACUUUUGUACUUCUGCUGGCACUGACUCUACUUGAGGUACGGAGUCCAAACGAUUGGCAGGUACUCUUUCCUGCAACUGAAAUGGUGGCUUUAUAAAUUCUAUCUUGUGGCCACAAACUGACUGGAGAAUCCAGCUGUCUUGCAUAAGAGUUCUCCAGAGUUGAACAAAAAAUUACGAGACGACCUGUCUGAUCUACUCUUUUGACUUGUCAGCAGCAUUCCUGUUGCCCUUGAAUGUGUUCCAUAACUGGUGGAAUUGUUGAAGGAUCGUCCGCCUCGAAAGGUACGACCUCCACUGAAUUUUCUCUCAACUGCUGAAGAGUAUGGAGAAAAUCUACUCGUUUUCGAAGAAAUAUAUGUUGAUCCAGAGGUUCCCUUGAUGACCUUGGAGGCUAAUUUAUUAGCCUUUUCUGCCUCCUCUAUAUCUUUAACAAGAUUGCCACCGAAGAAGAAAUCCAUCGAGGGUGCUUUCUUUUUCAAAGAGUCAAAACGCUUGUCGAGUAGAUCGUCAAAGGCAUGUUGGCGAGCUACGGCAAGGCUCUGGCUAGCUGAUCCCAGCAAAAUAAGCGCAGAAGUGACAUGUUCGUUCCUUCACCAUGGUAGCGUCGAUAGUAUCAGGACACAAGGGGUCUGCUAGAGCAUCAAAAAGAUGAACCAAGGGGAGGGCAGACUUGAGAACAUGGCCAUGUGAAUCUUUAAGACGGUCAUCUUGAGACACCAAAGAGGAUCGAGCUUCUUUAAAGGAAGACUUUACCUGGCUAGGAAGUUCUGGAGCUUUGAAGAAUUUUUCUUGCUCUGUAGGAAUGAGAUUAUUUGAAAGUUCUUCUUUAAUCUCCUCAUGUCCAAGCUUGUUGGUGCGAAGUUGUUCCCACCAAGAAAGCACCUUGUCAGUCACUGGAGUACCAAUGGAUUUGCAGUGCGGGUUGCGGAAGCCAUGACUGUCGGACCCGGACGUCCCCGAGGCCGAAGCCCCAUCGGCAUCGGUGAUAAAACGAUCGGCAGCUUCGGAGUGAGCGGCAGAAACCACGUGACUAACCUUGUCAAUAACUCCAGAUUCCCAAGUGACGGGGUUCGGAAGAGCUAGAGAAGAAGCAGGAGAAGCAGCGGGGUUACGCUGUCGCUGAAAUUGUGGCCAUUGGGCUGUCAUGGGUUGUCCAUAUUGUCCGAACAUGAACGGAUUCAUCCCACCGUAAACCGGGUACAUGGGCGGCGCCAUGUUGAUAUACUGCCCUCUAGCGUCAGCAGGAAAAUUCCACUGUUGAUGAGCGGUUCCUGCCGUGAUAUUUCCCGGCGGUGCAGCAGCAGGGGCAACCCAAGGCGAGGUAAAACCCGUACCGGUAUUAGCAACAAACUGUGCCUGUGGAACUCGAGAAACUCUCGGGGCCAAGGACGGAGAAUGCCGCUGGGAAGAAGGGCAAGGCGACCCCUUUUCUGGCUC